UGUUACAGUCAGAGAACAGGAGGAUAUUUCUUAAAGAGUCCGGGCAACAUCUGGCCUCCUCGAUAGGCAGAGAAGACCGCAGCUUGUCCUUUGCUGAUAGUCCAUCCUGCUGACUCACAACAAGCAGAAGGUCGCUCAGCACACCUCAGUGCCCUUUCUGGCUUUGAAUUUUGGAGGAAGGACGAAAGGAAGGGAAACUUAAAGGGAAAGGCCCGCUUGCAGCUGAGCGGCGGCCAGCCUGAGAGUGGGACUCAUCUUUUCCAGAGAGGACUCAGAGUCCAGCAAAGCCACCCUUCUGCCUGGAUUCCCACCUCCGUCAUUGCCAAGGUUUGCUGAAGGGCUAUCACAGCGAAAGAAGAAUUUGGGCAGCCUUCUCAAGGAGAGACGAUGGCAAGCCGACUUUAUAAUCCCUUGAAAGAACCAGAGAUCGAGCUGUUUGUAAAGGCCGGCUUGGAUGGAGAAAAUAUUGGAAACUGCCCCUUCUGCCAAAGUCUCUUCAUGGUCCUGUGGCUCAAAGGUGCCCGGUUCAAUGUGACAACAGUGGAUAUGACAAGGAAACCAGACGAGUUGAAAGAUCUGGCACCUGGGAUUAAGCCUCCAUUCUUGGUGUUCAACAAGGAGCUGAAAACAGACUUCUUGAAGAUCGAAGACUUUCUGGAACAGACUCUCUCACCACCUAAGUAUCCCCGACUCACUCCGAAAAACAGGGAGUCUCUGGACGUGGGCAGGAACAUCUUUGCCAAAUUCUCUGCCUACAUCAAGAACCCGCACAAGGAAGACAACAAGAAUUUGGAGAAAGCGUUGUUGAAAGAGUUCAGGCGGCUGGAUGAGUAUUUAAACACCCCACUCCCUGAGGAAAUUGACCAGGAUUCCACAGAGGAAGUGUUAGUGUCUCAGAGGAAGUUCCUGGAUGGGAACUGGAUGACUUUGGCCGACUGCAACCUGUUGCCCAAACUCAACAUCAUCAAGAUUGCUGCAAAGAAAUACCGCAACUUUGAGAUCCCGCUAGAGAUGACCGCAGUUUGGCGCUACCUUCACCAUGCGUACGCCCGAGAUGAGUUCAGCCACACCUGCCCAGCUGACGGGGAGAUUGAGCGCACCUACGCCAACGUGGCCAAGAAGAUGAGCUAAGGGUUGGAGCCUGGAUGGGUCACCGUUCCCAUUGGUAACUUUUCAUCCAUGCUGGAGAGCGUUGCCAGGGAACGGCUUUCUUGAGGAAGCAGCUCUACCUUGGAUGCCGAACCACAGUGGACUUGAAGAAAUUCAAUGCCUUCAUAUCAGUCCCUUCACUCUUCUGUCACAUUUAUCUUCUUCCUAUGUUGCGUUGAUUGUUUGAGUUGGAUUUAUACGACUCGCACAUAGAGUUAUUGCAGUGGGCAAAGUAGUAACCUGCAUAUAACUGGUAUGAGAAGAAUGAUAUUGUGCCUUUCACCAGCUCUGCCCUCUUAGGCCUUCUGCAAGAUGGUCUGCUCGUCCACCCAAAGGCAUCUACUGUUUCCAAACAUGAGAAACCUCAAUUCCUCGAGAAAUAUGCAACAUGCUGUGUUCCAUUCUAGGCUUCACUGACACUUCGAGGAUGAAGUCCAGACACUAACUUUUCUAGCCUUGCUUAAAGCUAGUGUUGCAUGAACAUAUCUACUUGUAUUGCACUCCUUGUCG